UGUAAGUAUUACAAAUAUAUAAUUUUCUUUUUGUCUUUUUUUUAUUGUAUUCCUUAAUAUACAUCUAACAUUUUUUUGCUUGAAGGUUUAUCUUUGACCUUAAAAAGUUAUUUGAUAAGAUCUCACCGGAAACUGUCUUUCAACCCGUGUCUCGUGUUCCUUAUCACCGGAUGGAGAUCAGUUGUCAUGGAGACGUUUCGGUUUCAUUUGACAUGUUUUUUUUUUGUGUUUGUGCCUCAUAGCGAAAUGGGGGUAAAAAAAAAAAACACAUGUGUUUUUAUAAAUAAAUAAAUAAAUAAAAUGUAUACAGCAGAGCUCGAUGUAGCUAUCGCCCCGGUUACUGUCCCCAAAAGACGACUACAUCCCCCACAAUGCAACGCGACCACGUCUUUACGCUCCUGUGUUUACGUUUAGCGGUCACGUUCGCCAAUUGCUGGAGCAGACUUUCGGCCACUGUAAAGACAAUUCAGACAUGGUGGCAGUCGUCAGUGUGUAAUUCCUCGUUUCUUUCACACUCUGGUUGUUUUUUUCUUGGUGUAACGAUGCCGGGGAUGUGCUCUGUGCCCGGCUGUAAGGGCUACAAGAAGGCCCGGUCCCGGGGAGUCGUGUUCCACUCUCUGCCUACAAGAGACCCGGGGCGGUGCAGAAAGUGGUUAAAGGCCAUACACAGCCCCAAAUUUGACGAAAACACACCAGUAAGUAAAUACGGGAAUAUUCGAGUAUGCAGCCAGCAUUUUAAACCAGAAGACUACGAACCGGACAUACAGGCAGAACUUAUGAAAACAACGCCCCGAAAAAUCCUCAAGUCCAACGUGAUCCCGUCUGUUUUCUCUGGAAGACAACAAGAGGACCUCAGCAGCUCUCUGCCAGCAGAGGACAGGAGCCCAACAGAGGUGAAGACUUCCAGUACAGCUGCACAAACCUCUACCUCAGUGGUUUCAGGUUCCAGCAUGGACAGUGUGUUGCGAUGGGCCUCUGCGUUAACCUCAGCUCCGAGGGCGUCAUCACAUGCUUCUUCCUUGGGUGUUCAAGUCACUGAUGUGGAUACUGCAUCACUUUCUCCUUCGCUGUCAAUUCCUAUUGCUUCAGGAGCUCAAAGCACAUCACCCCAGUCCCCUCCCCCAGCUGAACUCAGUGAAAGUUUGAGCAGCGUUGCAUGUGUGGAUGGUGUGAAUGAGAGUUUCCACCAAGAGACUGAAUUAAACACAACAGCAACGUCAAAAUCAGACGAGAACACAGAAAAGGACUUCAAAGACUCAAAGACUAUUGUGAAUGACAGCUGCUUGAUGGAGCUGUUUAAGAAGUGUCAGACAUGUGGGCAGCCAAUAACAAGAAAGAAGGUGUCUCACUGCGGUGCACAGAAGAAGGUGAGGUGGAGCUGCCUCGGUGGACACAGGGGCAUAUGGAUGUCUUCACCUCACCUUUGGGAGGCAUUUCCUGAAAUCCACCUUCUUGCUGCUCUUUCUGUUCUUUUUUCUGGAGGCACCUUUACACAAUUUAAAAAGUGGGCCAAACGUCUGAACCUGAAUUUCAUGGGGCAUAAAACUUUUUUUGAAAUUCAAAAGGCAUACCUCAGCCCAGAAAUGAAACAGAUGAACAGGACGGGGCAGGAAGGGGCCUUUGCAAAGGGGGUCCACCAACAACCUGGAGGCACUCUUCUUCACAUUUCAGAUCCUCUGAAGAAAAUUAAGGCCAAGUCGAGGAGAAGAGAGAAGGGAGUUCUGUCAUCAUGGUUAAGUUAUGAAAAGAGAUCCUCAAUAUCGCUGACCUCUACUGGAACCUGUAUGCAAGAUCCUACUGCACUAUCAAGUCUUGGACAUGUAUCGGCCUCCAGAAGAGGUAAACAGCAUCAGCAAUAUGUUGAACAUCAGAGUGAAACUACACAUAUGGCACCAGAGGUGGACCAGCUUCAGGACAGUUUUGAUGAGAUGGAGUUCACCAUUGAAGAGGACGAAUGCAGCAGUGUGAACAAUAGACUAUAUGAUUCGGAUAAUGAUGUGAAAAAUGUCCUACAAACAACGGAGCUGAGGGCUCCAGGAGUUGAUGAGAACUGUGAGGAAGACGUCUACGUACCAAUUAUUCCUCAGAGGUCCACAUCAUCUGAACUAUUACUGGAAUGUGAAGAAGAGGAGCUGGAGCCAUGGCAGAAACACACUUCACAUGUUCAGUUGAAAGUUGAGGAUGAUGUUGGAGAGUUGAGUAUUGACCAAAUAGAUUAUAAGCCGGAGCUUUCACUUCUUCAGAGAAAUGCAGGCUUCAUUAUGACUUCUCCUGAGUCAACAAGCAGUUCUGAGUUCAUUGGCUCCUUCAGGACACAUUGUCGUGCUAGGAAUUCAUUUACAAUAGUACCAGCUGCUCAGCAGCAACUUUUCCAGAAAGUGGCUACGGCAACAAUAAAACUUGAGCCCGAUGAUCAAAUGAGCAACAACUCCAUGUCCUGUGUCCAGAUUCCUGCGUUAUAUGCAACAUCAUCUAACCAACUGCAGUCAGACCACUCACACACUCUCCCUGUACCUUUUUCUUUGCCUUGCUUUACUGUACUAAAACUUGAACCAACGAACCAAUAAUAGCCAAGAGAACACAUGCUAACAGUUGGUAAGUUCAAUUCAAUUCAAUUCAAUUCAAUUUUAUUUGUAUAGCGCCAAUUCAUAACAGAAGUUUAUCUCAGGACACUUUUCAAAUAGAGUCUAGAGCUGAACUCCUUUA